GAGCGGCGGGGCGGGCGGACAGACGGACGGAGGGAGCCGGAGGAGAGCGACUCGCCCCAUGGAGCUGUGCCCCGGGCCCGCUGCGCCCUCGGGAUGGGCGCUGUCGUUGCUCCUCGCAUUGGGCGCCGGGCUCAGCCACGCCACCCCGCACCUGCGCUACUCCCGGCCGGGCUCCCGCAGCAAGAACUGGUGUGCGUACAUCGUGAACAAGAACGUCAGCUGCUCGGUGCUGGACGGAACCGAGAGUUACGUCCAGGCCCAGUACAAGUGCGCCUGGAACGAGUUUCCCUGCCGGCCGACCCCGGUAUAUCGAACAAGUUUCAGACCUCGGUACACAGUUGCAUAUAAGACUGUGACAGAGCUAGAAUGGAGAUGUUGUCCUGGGUACAAAGGUGAAGACUGCAGAGAAGGGCCAUCAGAACAGCCCAGGGCAGCUCGACGGCCCACAACGCCAGCGAAAGCUAUUGUGAAGAAAGGCUUGGAUGCUGAACCAACAGAAGUGCCAGAACCUCCACCGCAUGAGAAGAAAAUGCAGUUUUUUGAGGAAGAAUUGUUUAGACUUACACGAUCAGUGAUAGAACUUCAGUCCUCCUUGGCACGUGUGAAUGAAAACCUAAAGCUGACUGUUCAAGAAGAUGCCAGUAAGAUGUUGGUCACUUGGCUGAACAACCUUUAUGAUCGCCCAGAGCCUGAUAGUGCGGUUAGCGGUGAAACAGACAGUAUUCAUCUGCCUGGACUCCACAGCAAUAAAGAUCAGAAAGACCCUUUUCUUGAUUUUGAAGUGGAAGAUCUGAAGUCAGAGCUGGCUGAGGUCAAAGAGGCCUUGAAGAACAGGAAUGAUAAACUGGAGGAACUGAAUGGUAAAGUAAAAGGCUAUGAAGGACAAUUAAAACAACUGCAGGAGGCAGCCCAGGGACCAACAAUAACAAUGCCUAGUGACAAUAUAUAUCGGGAAUAUAUAGACUCAAAAUUUGAGUCCCUCAGACAGGAAUUACUGGAAGGAUUUGAGAAGAAAAUGGCAGAUCUGAAGAACUCUUGUGAAUACAAACUACAGGAUAUCCAGCAGCAGUGUGAUGACAACGAAAAUAACUGUGUAGGUAUAAUGGAUGUUAUAAGAGGCAAAGAAAAUGACUUGAAGAAAGAAAUAAAUUCUCUCCGUACGCAGAUUCCAUCAAACCAUUCCAGUUGUUGCAAGGAGGGUGAGGGAAAUGACUUGGACCAGCAGAUUAAAGAUUUAAAUAAGAAGCUUGAGAGAGUCGUAGAAGCACACAGGAUCUUGAAUGUGAGAAUAGAUAAUGAAAUCAGUCGAUUGUCAACACCAGAUUUGGAAGACAUGUUUGGUGAGAGGCUGGAGGAGCUAGAUGCAAGAAUGAACAUCACUGAGCGAAAUGCUGAAGAGCACUGCUUUUAUGUUGAGGAAACUCUCCGAAACACUAUAGCUGUUGAGGCAGAUGAACUGAGAGACUUGUUUGACCAAAAGCUGCGGGCACUAGAAGAUAGACUAGGUGGCACUAUUUUAGAGAUGGCUAAUACUACAGACCCAGAUGGAAUGUACAUGAAUCCUGUGCCUUUCAUGCCCAGUGACACUGGGUUUGCAAACGAGCAAUUCACGGCAGAGAUGAAUCUCAUGAAGAACAAACUGCUGUCCCUGAAAUGUCAGUCUGCACCACAAGGUACGGAGAACCUUCAGAAGGACAUAGAAAAUUGUAAUAACAAUUACAGUCACUUGCUUAUGAAAACAGAGAACAAUUCUGCUCUUCUGCAAUUUUUAAAUAACUCUCUUAAUGAGAAAAUUAGCUUAAUUAAGGGGAACCAGCGUGACAACCAGAAAAUACAGAGAGAUUUGCGUGUACUCCGGUAUAGUCUAAAUGUCAUGGAUAAAGAUGUGAAGAAUAUUCAAGAUGGCUUGAAUAGUUGCAAGGAACAACUUCUGGGGGUCAACUCUACCUGUAGAAAAACGCAAAGAGGUGUCUACCGGAAAAUUGAUCAAAUGCAGAAGACGUUUGCAAAUCAAACCAUGCAUCCUAGCGAUAAUUGCUGCAGUGAAGUCAGAGAGAGAAUAGAACAAUUAAAUGACCAAAUCCUCAAUGAUCGUAGCAAGUGUGAAGAAAAGACCCAUGGUGUACAGGAUGGUGUUCCAGAUGUUGAGAGCAGAGUCUUGCGUGUUGAAAAGGUUUGUGGCAAGCUGGACUCUGUCUCAGGUAGCUUGCAGAAGAUAAAAGAAGGUCUAGAUAAGCACGUGAGCAGCUUAUGGAACUGCAUACGUGAAAUGAAUGGAACUAUAUCAUCUCAUUCCAAAGAUAUUUCUGGCCUCAAAAAUUCCGUCCAGCGGUUUUAUAGUCAGGUCUCUAAAAUCACCACAGACAUGGAAGGCAUGCUGAAAUCGCAGUCUGACACAAGGCAACCAGAGGCACCACGCCAGGCAGUGCCACCGAGACCUCCGCUGCAGCCCCAGCCUGGCACACCGCUGCUGCCUUCCAGGCCCAGGAUCCAGCCCCCACGGCACCGGCCCCCGCUGCAGCCGCCACAGCCCAGGCCUGCACGCCCAGCACUGCCUGGCUCAGCCCUAACUCCAUUCCUGCCUGGCACGACCGGGAUCAUCCUGGAAGCUGGGGAGGCUGGACCUCCUGGCACGGUGCUGAUGUCAGGGAGAGGCCGGCUGAGGAGCGUGGAUGGUCAGGCUGGGCAGAGCACCAUGCCCAUUGCGGAGGGGUACGCUGGAGCACCAGGAUAUCCAAAGUUAUCUCCUCCAACCACAGACUCACAAGGACCUGCUGCUGCUGCGGCCUCUCUGGUGUCCUUUUCAGCCGGGCUGACGCAGAAGCCUUUCUCCAGUGAUGUUGGUGUGGUUCACUUUAACAAAGUGCUUGUGAAUGAUGGGGAUUAUUACAACCCCAAUACAGGCAUUUUCACAUCGCCGUAUGAAGGGCGCUACCUGAUCACAGCAGUACUGGCUCCAGAGAGGGAUGAGUACGUUGAAGCAGUGCUUUCUGUCUCCAAUGCAAGCGUUGCUCAGCUGCACACGGCUGGGUACAGAAGGGAACUGCUAGAAUACCACAAACCCUACUCGGGGAAACGGACCUGUGGUGGUCCUGGAACUUUCCACCUUGUUCUUCACCUCAAAGCAGGAGAUGAAGUAAAUGUCGUUGUAACAGGAGGCAAACUGGCCUACACAGACUCUGACGAAAUGUAUUCCACGUUCAGUGGGGUUCUCCUCUAUCCUUCUAUUUCCCAUGUUUAGGUCCACCGUCAAACAGGAGAGAAGGGUAAGAUAUUCCGAAGAAAUUAAGUGUAAUAAAAUUCAAAGCUUUAAUAUAUUCAGUUUAUAUAUUUGAUUUCAGUGAUGAGUUUGUCUAUAAUGAAACCUUUUCCUUGUCCCUGGUUACCAGAGGUAGCUUCAGCAGACCUGGUUCUGUAGCCAAACUGGUUCUUUCCCAAGUCCUUGUUUACCUGUACAGACAGAACAGCUGUUAAACAACAAUUGCAUUCUGAGUAGACACUUCUCCACUGUGCUCUUAUCCCCUGUUAAAUACCCUUUUCAGUUUUAUCCCCAGUUUAUCUCUACCAGCAUCCCAAGUGUAUCAGAGUUUACAUCCUAGCUGAAGUUUACAGCUGCAGUCAGCUAUUUUUGUGCUUUCAGUAAAGCAGGGACAAGAAAGUGAGAUUCUACAGGACACCAUCAAUGACUUCCUAGUCCUCGUGUUCUUUAGCAAUACGUUGUGUCAGUACGUUCUCACAAACCAAAAAGCAGUCGCUAACCACAGUGGUGCAAAGCAGAACAAUGUCUGCAUCAGGUUCUUUUUUCCCCCCCUUAAGGACCAAGUGCAAAGCUUAGAGAAGGGAUGAGUGACUCCAGCACUGUGCAAGGAGGAGCAUCCCUUGCCCCAGCUUUUCACUGGGUGGGUGAAAACUUAACUUAAAAACUUUUCACAGUGCUGUUUUCUGGAACUCCUACAGUAUUUGCAUUACAAAGGUUUUUUUUUUUUCUUCUUUGUUGCACUGUAAAAGAUAAGCCAGAGGAAAAGCAGAUGAUAUGGGAAAACAGACUUUUUAGCCAGUACUGUCCAAUGUACAAACAACGUGCCAGUGGCACUGACUUUGCUUUAGCAGCCUCCUGCUUCAAGUCAGCUUUGUUUCACCAUUCAGCAUCAGUUGCUAUGGGUGGAGCAACUUUCCUCUUAGCUUAAGCCCAUUCAGUGCAACGUUUUCUUUCUCCCAUCAGCUGCUUCUCAGCGAAGGCAAAAAAGAUGGUGUUUUUGUCUCUUUAGAGUUAACAUUUUGAGCUCCUGUAUGGCUGGAAAAAAAAUCUUACCCUUGCUUUGGUAAGGGCAGGACUAUUCACUGCCAUCUAUAUGUUAUAUAAGAUGAUGGUCUUUUCAUAGUCCUGCCCAGAGUUGUAUUUAUCAUCAUAGUGAUUUGUGUAGUACAUUUUCCUUCUUACAAAUCCAGAACAGCUUCUCAUAGCACAGAUCAGAUGAUCCCUUUACGUGAAGGAAGAACUUGUGCUUUAAGUCCUCAACUGAAGCCUUUCCCAUCUAAGGAGGAGGUCAAAUGAACCCUUGCCUUCACUGCAUAGUUUUGGAAUAGAUACUCCCCAAUAACACUGUUUCCAGGCGAUGAGAUGGGGCUGUCCCACAACAAAUGAUCACAUCCUGGAAGUUGAUCUGCCUUAGAGAAAAGCAGACAGAAAAAGCUGUAUCCCCACAGGAGCUCUGCGUCAGUGCCUUUGCAGAUAGGAAGGAGCACAGGAAGGAAAUGGCCAGCAGAUUUUUAAAGCAUGUGGAUGAGGAAGGUCUCUCGGCACCUGAUUUUCAGCAGUUGGGGUGUUGCUGCUAAGAAGGAGGUAGGGCUGGAUGUAUUCUAUAGCAGGGAGGCUGCUGGUGCAGAAGCAGCUGUAAGCAGCAGCCAAAAGCACCUGGCACACUUGGCAGCCUGGGGACUGGAGCCAGCCUCUUUCCCUGCCCUGAGCUUGUCCUGGUCUGUUCCAGAGCCAUUAGAAUGCAGUUAGAAACUGCUUGCCUGUUCAAGACUGUCUUUUCCUCUGUUCUAAUUCAACAGCCCACUGUUCUCCCACACCUUCUCAAAACCAAAGGGAAAUUGACUGGAAAGAUUCCUUCUUUGUCUUUCUGAAAGCCAGUUACAUCAACUGUAUAUUCUGAUUCAAUUUCUCAUUAUAUACGAAAGCCAUAGAGGCGUUUUUCCUUUUAGGAUAUUUUCUCCUCUCCUCAAGAAAGCUGUGUGCUCUAAGAAGUUGGCUGCUGUCUCUGUGUGACUCAGUAUUGUUGCAUUUUGGUGCCUGUUCUAAAAAUGACUCAUGGAAACAAACAAAACGAGCUGAGUGCCUGGGGAGUCCCAGCUGGCAAACACCACCUCUUCAGUGUUUGCUUUUUCCCCUCCAAGUGAGGAAUGUUUUUAAGAAUCAGCGGCGAAAGUUUAGCAUUGGAGCUGUGCAGGAUUCGGCACCUGAUUCUCACCUAACUGCUUCUCCAGGCUGCUACCUCCAGCACACACAUCCUCCUGAGCACAGCACCCUCAUGGCACAGCAAUGUCUACUGCCAGGAACCUCCUCCUUGCACCUGGGAUCUGAGAGUGAUCCCAUACAGUGCAACACGACCAGUUUUCAUAUGCAGCUGUAAAGCAUUUUCUAAACUAUACCACAGCAGGAGUGGCUCUCGGGGUGUAUUUUGAGAACAACUUUUAGGGAUAGUUUCCCAUUCACUAUCUUCUCAGAGCUUUCAGGGCAUAAUACCUGCCCAGCUGGGAAGAUUGAGAUGCUGUAAGGUAGGAAAGGGGGAAUCAGAUCCAUCUGCUGCUUCAGUCAGAACCUGAUUAAAACAUAAAGGCAAUAUUCUUCAGUAAAUCAAGCAAAACUAUCUGUUGUCCCUGUGCUUCUGUUUCCUAUCAGAACAGGACAGACCAGCAAGCUGACAGCCAGAGAACGUACCUCUGCUCCAGCCAAACUCACUGCAUCCUAGAGCAGAUGGGAAAGGCAGCAGAGAGCCAAACAAACCUGUAAUUGCAAGAAAUCAUAGGCAAGCUUGGAGCAAAGCAAGAAGGCAAAUUUUCACCACAAAACAUAUGAAACUACCUCAUUAAUUUAAUUUGCCGUUAAGACUUAGGAAACAGACAUUACUAUACCGACCACUCAGAGUAGUGAGGAUUUUCUACAGCAUCCCACCCUACGGCCAUUCAGUGUACCACAGGUUACUUGCAGCCGUUCUGCACAGUUCUACUGAUGGAGCAUCCGAUGAGCCUGAUGAGGAUAACCAGCUAUUCCAGGACCACUACAAACAGCCAAAGAAACACAGCUGUAAGUAGAAGGCACGGAAGGCAACUUGAAACAAAGUGCAUGCCGAGCCCUCACUAGAGCCUGAAAAGGCCCAAAGGCACAGGGAGCACACAAAGGGCUCUUCAGCUGUAAGCUGGAGAUUAGUAUCAGAAGCAAAUUGCUUCCUGGGGAUAUUUCCUGAGGAGUUGGAUUUGAUGACCAUAAUGGACCCCUUCCAACUCAGGCUAUUCUAUGAUUCAGGAGCAUUGUAUUUGCUAAGUAAGUCCUCACAGCACAGUGUGGUAGUGGAUAUGGAUAUUUACACCAGAACCACAAAUGCUGUCACACUGUCAGCUUGGGGAUGGAAGGAACAUUUGCUUCCUUGUGGCUUGACUAGCAGCUAUGCUUUGGUUCCAAGUUGCUCCAAGAUAACGGCACAGAGAGCAGACUGUCCAGCACCAAGGAUCAGCUGGGGCACGUCCUGUCGGCACGAGGCAGACUUGUAGUCAAGCCAGCUCUCCUACAGACUUGAGACAAGGUGUGAAAUAACAGCUCUGCCAAUCCUUUGUACGCAGGAGACUCCAAAGAACACCUUAAGACAUGUUCAUACAUAAGCAGGUUUUGGCAUUUAUGCAUUUUGCUAUCUUGAUUGUAUUAGAAAAGUAUUAAUUUUUUUUCUUCAGCAAAGAACAGCUCAUUUGAGUGUAUGCUUUGUGUGCAUAUGUAUACAUACAAACACAGGUGUACAAAAACUGAUACCCAGGAACAGGAAUAAAACUGUUCAGUGGAAACCAACUGCUGCCAUGUCCAAAUAAAGCCUGCCUACUUUGUGA